AUGGAGGGUUCAUCGUCUUCGUCGUCGCCAUCAUUGAUGUCCAAAUCGGACGGCGAGUUGGAGGAAAUGCUCGAUCGGAUGCUGACUAGGCUCGCCCUCUGCGACGACUCCAAGCUCGAAGCCCUUGUCUCGAAGCUCCUUCCCCUUACCAUAUCAUCUCUCUCCUCCCAAUCCCCCGCUGUUCGCAACAAGGCAAGUCCCCGCCUACGAGAAUUUCCUCUUCGACUGAAUUUACUAUUUGUUGAUUUCAAAUCGUACGAGCAAGAUAUAUGUGUUCUUGAGAUAUUGAGUCAUGUUAACAAGAGAGUGAAGCACCAGCAUGAAAUUGGUUUGCCGUUGUUGGACUUAUGGAAAUUGUACACCGACCCUGCUGCUGCUCCCAUGGUUAGGAAUUUUGCGAUCGUGUAUAUUGAGAUGGCUUUUGAACGAGCUCCUGCAAAGGAAAGGGAGGAUAUUGCACCUAAGACACUGGAGAAUGUUUCAAAGCUUCCUCAGCAGCACCAAGAGAUUGUUUUGAGAAUUGCCAUUAAGGUUAUUGGAGGGUGUCAUGCAAGCCAGAUCAGUGAUGAUGUAUCUGUAAAGUAUAGAUCUCUGAGUGCAUCUCAGGAUAAAGAAUUGUUUCUGGAUUUUUGCCUUCAUAUGCUUUUGUAUCAACCACCUCCUCAAGGAGGAGGAUCUCCUCCUGGGCUUUCAGUUUUUCAAGUUAAUCGUAUCAUGGGAAAGCAAGCAUUGAAAGGGGACAUGCUUACGAAAAGAAAGCUGGGGAUCUUGAAUGUCAUUGGAACCAUGGACCUGCCUGGUGAAUCCGUAUAUCCAUUGUACAUUGCUGCAUCAGUGGAUAGUCAAGAACCUGUAGCUAAGAGAGGAGAGGAGCUUCUAAAAAAGAAGGCUUCUGGAACAAAUUUGGAUGAUCCCAAGUUGAUAAACAAGCUGUUCCUAUUAUUCAAUGGCAGUACUGCAACUGCAAAUGUUGCUCCAGAACAUAAUGUAGCUCCAGGAAACACAGCCUUGAAAGUGAAGCUCAUGUCUGCAUUCUGUCGUUCUAUCGCAGCUGCAAAUAGUUUUCCUGCGACAUUGCAGUGCAUAUUUGGCUGCAUGUAUGGAAGUGGAACGACCUUAAGGUUAAAGCGAAUGGGAAUGGAGUUCACCGUUUGGGUUUUUAAGCAUGGGAAGAUAGAUCAAUUGAAACUUAUGGGCCCUGUUAUACUGAGUGCUAUUAUGAAAAUGCUUGAUGGUUUCACAGGCUCAGAAGCAGAUGCUCUAUCAAGGGAGACGAAAACAUUUUCUUUUCAAGCUAUUGGUUUGAUUGCACAACGUUUGCCUCAGCUUUUUAGAGAAAAGACUGAAAUGGCUGUUCGUCUUUUUGACGCGCUGAAGUUAGAAACCCAAUCUCUUCGUUCAACUAUCCAGGAGGCAAUCAUAUCUCUUGCUGCUGCAUACAAGGAGUCCCCGGAGAAUAUUCUCAGGGAUUUGGAGGCGCUUCUGUUAGCAAAUUCUCUGGCGGAACAAAAUGAAGCACGCUUUUGUGCUUUGCGAUGGGCAACUUCUUUAUAUAAUUCACAACAUUGUCCAACUCUGUACAUUUGCAUGCUCAGCGCAGCAGAUCCGAAGCUAGAUAUAAGGUACUGGAGUUUAUCUUAUCUCAUUGCGUAUUGUUCUGAUUGUGGCAUGUUGAAUUGUGGGAUCUGGAGCAGUGGAGGGGAACUAGCACUCGAAGGACUCUUUCUAAAGGAAGAAGCUCGCAGUAUAGUCUCUAAUCAUGAUCAUAAAUACCCGAAAUUUGUUGAGAUGCUGGAGUACAUUCUCAAGCAACAGCCAAAACUAUUAGAUUCUUCAGAAAUGAGAGGCCAGAAGCUUCUCUUUCCGUCGCAAGUAUAUGUGGUCAUGAUUAAGUUCUUAGUGAAGUGUUUUGAGUUACAGAUGGAGGAGAUCAAUACCCAGGCAGUAGGAACUGACCUUUUGUAUUCGGCGCAAAGGUUGUGUUUGUUGUUGGAACAUUCCCUUGCAUUCGAAGGCUCCGCUGAAUUGCAUGCUUGUGCUUCCAAAGCAUUGAUUUCAGUUGGCUCUUACCUUCCGGAGAUGGUUGAAGUUUACUGUUCUAAAAAAAUUGUGUGGCUAAGGCGUCUGCUUAGUCAUACAGACUUAAGUACUCGUGAAUCUGCAUCGCGUUUACUCGGAAUGGCAUCCUGUGCUCUUUCUGAUGCCGAAUCAUGUUCCUUGCUUUCUGAAUUGAUAGCUUCUAUUUCCCAACCGACGCAGAAGUUAAGGUUCGAGGCACACCAUGGGGGAUUAUGCUCUGUAGGAUAUGUUUCAGCACACUGUUUAUAUAGAAUGCCCGCUGUUUCUGAAGCAGUUACUCAAAAGGCGGUUAAAUGUCUGGUGGAUGUUGUUAACUUGGAGACUGCACCGCUGGCUUCUGUGGCUAUGGAAGCUCUGGGUCAUAUUGGAAUCUGUGGCGCAUUACCUCUUCUUGACAAUGAUUCUAGUCCGGGGACUCGAGUGCUGGAAGUUCUGCAAGAAAGAUUGAGCAAGCUACUCUCUGGUGAUGAUAUAAAAUCAGUUCAGAAAAUUGCUCUUUCUCUUGGACAUAUCUGUUCAAAUGAAAUGUCACCUUCACACUUGAAAAUUGCGCUUGAUCUUUUAUUCAGCCUUUCACGGUUAAAGGCUGAAGAAAUUUUGUUUGCCGCCGGUGAGGCGUUAUCUUUCCUCUGGGGUGGUGUACCAGUUACUGCUGAUCUGAUUCUGAAAACUAAUUAUACAUCUCUUUCGACGGACUCAAAUUUUCUGAUGCGAGAAGUUAAAUCUUUGUCAAAAAAAUUGUCUGAUGACAAAGCUGGUGUUAAAGAUAGCCGUGUCAUAACCAGAGAAACAAUUUCCGGUAAACUCUUUGAUACUCUUUUGUACAGUAGCAGGAAGGAUGAACGAUGUGCUGGAACUGUAUGGAUACUGUCUUUGAUCAUGUACUGUGGCCAAGAUCCAUCAAUCCAACUAAUGCUUCCUAAAAUUCAGGAGGCGUUCUCACAUUUGUUAGGUGACCAGAAUGAACUUACACAGGAGCUGGCAUCCCAGGGCAUGAGCAUUGUCUAUGAACUCGGUGAUGCAUCAAUGAAGAAAAGUCUGGUAGAUGCUCUGGUUAAUACUCUAACUGGCACAAGCAAGAGAAAACGAGCUAUAAAGCUUGAUGAAGAGACUGAAGUGUUUCAAGAGGGAACUAUCGGCGAGAGUCCCAGUGGAGGGAAAAUUAGCACGUACAAGGAGCUUUGCAACCUUGCAAAUGAAAUGGGGCAACCAGAUUUGAUUUACAAAUUUAUGGAUUUAGCCAAUCACCAAGCAUCUCUUAAUUCAAAGAGAGGAGCUGCUUUUGGGUUCUCCAAGAUAGCCAAACAAGCAGGAGAUGCUCUUCGACCACAUUUGCGAUUGUUGAUUCCGAGAUUGAUUCGAUACCAAUAUGAUCCUGACAAAAACGUGCAGGAUGCGAUGGCACACAUUUGGAAAGCACUGAUACAAGACCCUAAGAAAGCUGUUGAUGAACAUUUGAAUCACAUCUUUGAUGAUCUGCUAGCACAAUGUGGUUCACGGCUUUGGCGCUCCCGUGAGGCAUCGUGUCUUGCCCUUGCUGAUAUUCUUCAAGGUCGGAAAUUUGACCAGGUUGGGGAGCAUUUGAAAAGACUAUGGAUAGCUGCUUUCCGUGCUAUGGAUGACAUCAAAGAGACUGUGAGAAAUGCUGGUGAUAAGUUAUGCCGUGCCGUGACAUCCUUAACGAUAAGGAUUUGUGAUGUGACGCUCACCGAACUAUCAGAUGCAAGACAAGCAAUGGAUAUUGUUCUUCCUCUUUUGCUUUCAGAAGGAAUAAUGAGUAAAGUCAGCAGUGUACGUAAGGCUUCAAUUGGAGUUGUUAUGAAGCUUGCAAAGUUUGACUCCAAACAUGAAGGGGCAGGAGUUGCCCUCCGUCCACAUCUGUCAGACUUAGUUUGCUGUAUGUUAGAAAGUUUGUCUAGUCUUGAAGACCAAGGACUUAACUAUGUCGAGUUGCAUGCUGCUAAUAUUGGCAUAGAAACCGAGAAACUUGAAAAUUUACGAAUUUCAAUCUCGAAAGGCUCUCCAAUGUGGGAAACCCUUGAUCUGUGUAUUAAUAUAGUAGAUAUGGAAUCACUUGAUCAGUUGAUCCCUCGUCUCACUCAACUUGUUCGGGGUAGUGUUGGCCUCAAUACAAGGGUUGGUGUUGCCAGUUUUAUCUCAUUGCUAGUUCAAAAAGUUGGUACCGAGAUAAAGCCGUUCACUGGAAUGCUGCUAAGGCUUUUGUUUCCUGUUGCCAAGGAGGAGAGAAGUUCUGCUGCAAAACGUGCCUUUUCGAGUGCCUGUGGCAUUGUAUUGAAGUAUUCUAGCCCCUCUCAAGCGCAAAGCUUAAUCGAAGAAACUGCUGCUCUGCACUCCGGUGAUAGAAGCUCCCAGAUUGCAUGUGCGAGUCUUUUCAAAAGCUUCUCAUCUACGGCUUCUGAUAUUAUGAGCGGUCAUCAGUCAGCUAUUGUUCCAGCUAUAUUUAUUUCCAGAUUUGAGGAUGACAAACAGAUUUCAAGCCUCUUUGAGGAGGUGUGGGAAGACAUCACAAGUGGUGAAAGGGUCACGUUGCAGUUGUUUCUGCAAGAAAUUUCUGGUAGGGCAAUUUGCAAACUAAGUGAAGUCUUGGGUGAAUCAUUAUCGCCGCAACACACCAGAUUGCUGCAAUGCCUUGUCAAUGAAAUUCCGGGACGUUUAUGGGAGGGAAAGGAUGCUCUUUUGGAUGCGCUUGGUGCUCUUUCAGUCUCUUGCCACGAGGCAAUAAGUAACGAGGAUCCAAAAACUCCCACUAUCAUCUUGAGUCUUAUCAGUUCUGCAUGCAGAAAGAAAGCCAAGAAAUAUCGCGAGUCAGCCUUUUCUUGUCUAGAGAAAGUCAUAAUAGCUUUUGGAGAUCCAGAGUUUUUCAAUACCGUUUUCCCAAUGUUAUAUGAGAUGUGUAACACUGCCUCCGUCAAAACGAGUGGCCAAGUUCAAUCAGCAAGCGAUGCUGUCAAAACAGAAUCAGAAAAUGGAGAAGACGGGCAUGUCCCACUUGAAAAAAUUAUGGAAUGCGUCAAGUCAUGCAUCCAAGUGGCAGCCAUAGAUGACAUUCUGGGCCGGAAAGCAGAUUUGAUUCAUGUUCUUCUAAUUUCCUUAUCACCCGGUUUUCUAUGGAAUGUAAAAAUGUCUGGAAUAUCAUGCGUGGGAAAGGUUUGUUCAAGGUUUCAGAGUCUAUGGAAUGACUCUAUGGAUGGCCUUUCACCUAGUGAUGCGACAAAAUUCGUUCAUGAGUUAUAUCACUCUCUGGUUCCUAAACUACUGGAAUGCAUAAACACAGUGAAGAUAGCGCAGGUUCAUGUGGCUGCUUCGCAAUGCCUGCUUGAGCUCAUCGAGCUGUAUAGCAGAGUCUCGUCAAUGCAUCCGUUGGAAGUAGAUUUCAAGGCUGAGGUUAUCUCUUUGCUUGAACUCGAGAAGAGUGAAGAAGCUAAGUCCUUGUUGAGAAAAUCCAGAGAUGCGCUUGCAAAUCUCCCCUCGUUAAACUAAGUAAAAGCACUUAGAGGAGUUUUAGUUUUUUUGCCUGCAAUUAUCUGAUUCUGAUAUGAUACAAAUUGAAAUCUCCUACUUUGUUUUUGUUUACUUGUACAAUUUCUAUUAAAACGGGCAAAUUUGUGUCGUUCGAAAUCGAGAUAUGUAAUGGUGUUGUUAUGUUGUAUCACCAAACAUAUGUAGACAAAGUAGAGUUGCAUAACUCAAAACGUUUUUUUUUUUUUUUUUUCGGAAUCAGAAAAGAGGAUAGCUCAAUCAUAAAGCAUAGUAGGAUAUUGUUGUUCGACU